AUGACAUCAAUUCCAACAAAUUGUGGCGAAUUUUUCGAACUUGCAGGCCAGCUUAUAAAUACACAAGAAACACAAAAUGUUAGCAGAGGCUUAUACAUUUACAUACCACUUUUAGAGAGUAUUCCAGAAGAUUCAACAACAGAAUUUUAUGAACAGAUUUCUACUAUUCUUCCAAGCUGUUUUAUAUCUCAACAACCUGAUAUUAUCGAACCAGCAUCAACCAUACUCAAACUUUGCUUCUGUUUUGCACCAGAACUUGGAGAUUCUCUUAUACAACCACUUCAAAGCCUAAUACAAAUAUUCUCUCAACUUCUUCAUACAGAGUCAGCAUCAUGUAACUUCAUUGCAUCUGAUUUAGAGGACAUUUUCACUUCAGAUUUUCCAUUUGAUAAUGUUUCUCAAAUUUACGAAGAAAUUUUACAAUUGGCCAACGACGAAACAGUUUCUGUUCGAAUGAAACUUCAUCCCAUCAGUCUUGCAUCAACAUUGAUCUCUCACAACAGCGAAAUUAGAGAUAAAGCAUCAGAUUUACUCUCCGUUGACAUUAAUUUCGCCAUUACAUCCUUUGAACAAGCAUUACUAAAUGACCAAGAGUUCGUCAGUAUCUUCAUUGAGCCAAUAACUACUUUGUGCAACGUUUGUUCGAAAUAUGAGUUAUUAGAUGUAAUUAUACAAGCCAUCCAAACAGAAGAAGGGUUAUCAGAAGCAACUCUUGUAGCUUAUUCCCUUGCUCUUUCUGAGAUUUGUAACUUAGGUUGGGAAGUUGCAGCUUCAAAAGUCCCAACAAUUCUCAAUUUCGCGAUCGCUUUGUUACAUUACGAAGGUGACAACCAAAUUACGACCAUUUGCGUCAUUGAAUCCGGUUUUGACUUAAUUAUUGAAUUAUUUUCUCAUAUUAAUCCAAAUUACAAUGCCGUUCAAGAGGAUGUCUUCACAGUUAUUGUCAACGCAUUGCAAUUAGAAGGAAUUCCAUCAUUACACGUUCGAGCUGUCCAUGCAUUAGAUUAUCUUUUUGCUGCAACGAGUAUUUCAUCGGAUUUGAUAUCACAGAGCUUCGAAAUACUCAGUACCAUUGUUCAAACAGCUGAUAAGGACCUCCUCAAGGCUACAAUUGAAACUUUUGGAUCAAUGAUACAAUAUUCAAAAGAAGAAAUUCUUCCUUACGCACAAAACAUCCUUGAAAUACUUUCUGAUGCAGCAAAUCUCGAGAAUGAAGAAGAUUCACCUAUAAAAGGUGAAGCAAUCGCAAGUUUGGCUUUAUUAAUUCCUUAUAUAGAAGAAAAGUCAAAUUUUGUGUCACUUUUCUUACAAAAUGUAUCGUCUUCUGACAUUGAAUUAUCAUUAAGUUCAUUUGAUGCAUUCAUUGACAGUUUACCAUAUAUUAAAGAAGAAUUUGGAGAAGCGAUUUUGGGAGCAUUAGAAGUAGCAGUUAACUUAAUGAAACAAGAUUUUGAAUUUAAAGAUGAUAAAGACGAAGAAUACGAGAACAACACAUUGAAUAGAUAUCUCUAUGAAGCAAUACAUUUCUGCAAGAGAGCUAUUAAAGAAACACCAACAAUUGUUCAACAAAUUUAUGAAGAAUUAAUAAACGGUUUGACAAAAAUUAUUGACGAUGGAAAAUUUGAUGAACAAGUUAUGAGUGCAACAAUUGAUUGUGCAUUCCAAGCACAUAAAGUCAUUGGCCAAGACUUGAGUGAUUUCCUGAGAGAUUUGAUUCCUUCCGCAAUUGAAGAAAGAGAAAUUUUUGCAGAAUUGUUGAAAUCAAUUGGAAGAAGUUUGGAAGAAGGCAUCGAAAUACAAGAAGAUGUCAUUAGUUCAAUGACGGAAGCAGCAAUGGAAGGAAUGAGACAUGAUUUGUCAUUCCAAAUUGAUGAUAAUUUUGAUAAUUAUGAUAAAUUAAUUAAUCCUGCUUUGACAGAAUAUUUCAGAUAUUUGGGAGAAAAAUUACCUCAGUUAUUCCCUCAUUAUGAAUAUUAUGAAGCACUUAAAAAGAUAAUAGAUAAAGGAAAUGAAUAUGAUAAAGCUAAUUAUUUGUAUGCUUUAGCUGGUUUCUUUGUUGUCGCAAAAGAUAAUUUAGAAAUAUUAAUUAAAAAGAAAAUCAUGGAAAUGUUUGCUCAGUCAAUUGUAAUGUUUACUUCUUAUGAAAUUGAUCCAGACACAAUUUCAGCAAUAAGAGAAGUAUUCGAGGCUGAGCCAAAAGGAAUGGAGAAAUACGCAGAAGACUUACAAAAUACAUGCUUAGAAAUUUUGUCAGGAGAAAACAAUGGUGAGUUAUUCUAUGAAGAUACUUGUUGUUACGCUAUUUCUUUGUUGUUGACAAUGCAGAGAACAUUGUUGGGAGAAAACUUUGAUGUGCAGACAUUCAUGCCUUUAAUGCUGCCUCAUUUCCCAGCAAUAAAUGAUGAAUCACCAAAUAUUUAUAUGUCAUUGUGUGAUGUUUGUGGAGAAUUCCCACAACAGAUGGGACAAUUUGGUCCUGAUAUCGCUGUUGCUUUAGGAAAGACAUUGGCUUUGAGAGAUGAUGAAUUCGAAAGUUUGAAUUUACCAACUCAUAUUUUCAUCGAAAUUGCAACUUUGUUUAAUAAUUUAGCUGCAGCAAAUGAAAAGAUACAGCCAAUGAUAAUGGAACAGAUAGGUUCUAACAAUGGCGGAAUUGAUAGAAUUAAUGAUAGAUUAGCAAAAGCUGCUGAUAUGAUAGAGUAA